UCUUUAAACUUUUUCCAAUACUGGCUGAAUCAUCGGUUGAUCUCAAUCUUAAAUUAAUGCGUUGGCGUCUGGUACCAACCCUUGGCCUGGAAAAUGUUAUGGCUACUCGGUGCUUGCUGCUUGGAGCUGGUACACUGGGCUGUAACGUAGCACGGACUCUAAUGGGCUGGGGCGUAAGGCAGAUAACGUUUGUAGACAAUGCAAAGGUGUCCUAUUCUAACCCAGUGCGGCAGUCGUUGUAUGAGUUUGAAGAUUGUUUUGAUGGCGGGAAACCCAAAGCACUAGCUGCUGUAGAGAAACUCCAAAAAAUCUUCCCAGGCGUGAAAGUCGAAGGCUUUAACCUAAGCAUACCGAUGCCAGGUCACCCGGUGAAUUUUUCUGCAGUGACAAUGCAACAGGCUCAGAAAGAUGUUGAACAGCUGGAGAAACUCAUUUGCUCACAUGAUGUCAUUUUCCUGCUAAUGGACACACGGGAGAGUCGCUGGCUCCCCACAGUCAUUGCAGCCAGUCAACGAAAGUUAGUCAUUAAUGCGGCUUUGGGUUUUGAUACUUUUGUCGUAAUGAGACAUGGUUUGAAAAGGCCGAAACAGGAAUCCGGAGAACCAGCUGCAGUCGCUGCUACUAUCAAUUCUUCCUUGGCAGGCUCUUCACUCUUUUCGAACAUUCCUGGCCACAAACUAGGCUGCUACUUCUGUAAUGACGUUGUAGCACCUGGAGAUUCAACUAGAGACCGUACUCUAGACCAGCAGUGCACUGUGAGUCGUCCUGGUUUAGCCAUGAUCGCUGGAGCACUGGCAGUGGAAUUGAUGGUUUCUAUAUUGCAACAUGCUGAAGGUGGAUAUGCAGUAGCCAGCAGCAGUGAUGACCGGCUGAAUGAGCCUCCGACAUCUCUUGGACUUGUCCCUCAUCAGAUCCGUGGCUUUUUGUCAAGAUUUGACAAUGUCCUUCCAGCAAGUUUAGCAUUUGACAAGUGCACAGCAUGUUCACCAGUGGUCCUUGAUCACUUUGAAAAAGAAGGUUUCCAGUUCCUUGCUAAUGUAUUCAACUCAUCUCAUUCUUUCCUGGAAGAUCUUACAGGACUGACUCUUCUCCAUCAAGAGACACAGGCUGCUGAGAUAUGGGACAUGAGUGAUGAUGAAAGUUUCUGAAGAACAGUCUGCAACCUGAAAGAAAGAUGCAAAUUGAAGAACCAAUCCAAGACCUCUUUCCAGCUUUUCAGAAUCCUGAAGUGCAAUAACAGCUGCCCUGAACAGGUCACAGAUUCUUUGUGAUUUUCAUUAUGGCAUUCAGCCUAAUUAAGAAGCGUUCUGCCUUUAAAUAAAUAUUAUCUCCUAAUGUCUUUUUGGAGUCAAAAGCACGCAAAUGUUCCUGGCCCUUUCAUCCAGAUCACAGUUCUGGAGAUUAUGAUGUUAGCAUUAGUGAUAACAGCAAUAAUCCAAAAGUCUCUAAACCGAAUACGUGUAUUCAGUUAUGUGUAUAUAAUUACAUAUCAGCCUGAGUAAGGAUAUUUCAUGUGCUCAAACACAAACAUUUUGUUGAAGUUGUUUCUCACCCUUUUUAGGGGUUCACUAUCUCCAAUCAUUUUUGACUCUAGCUUCCUAAAAGUAUUAUUUUAAAAUCAGUUUCAGUACAGACGAGGAGUUUACAUGCUAUGAACUUUAAUUAAAUAUGAAAUUUAUCAUUUGAGCUACUGACUCCACUUCCAUUUAAAAUGUUCCUUUGUACUGAACUAAAGUCUGUUUCCUGUCCGCCCGUUCAUUGUAUAUCUGAAGCAUCUGUAUCGUGUACAUGCUGGUGUAAUCUGCAUGCGACACUUCCUACCUUUUACACAAUUAAAAAUGGUUUAACUGAGUUCACACUAUCA